AUGGAAAGAAGACUCCUAAAAAGGGAAAUGAAAAAAAUCCUGGGAGAUUAUAUUGGCAUCAGACUUCGGGAAAAUGAAUUUGACCCAAAAGGAAGAAGGCAACUCACCUUUCUAGAUGAUAUGGCUCAUUAUGCCUUGGGCGUCAGUGUUGCUUUGCAAUGGCUGGAUCACUCAGAAGACUUAACGUGGCUGGAGUGGGAGGAAGUGAAAAUGCCAUUUCAUCGCAGGCCCAUAUACCCAAAUCGUGUAGAACGAGAAGCAAUGAUUUUAUCGUCAUAUGCUGGAAUCUUGAUGAACAGCAUCCAAAUUGAGGAAGUCUUUAAACUUUAUGGGGCUGCUGCUGCUUCUACCGAUUCUGGUACAACCAAGGUUCCUCGGGCUCCAUCUUUCCGUCUCUCCUUGCACCCUUUUGCCAUGUUAACAGCACCCAAAGCAGCAGAGUAUGCCCACAAACAGAGUGUCAAGUUAAGAAGAGGAACAACAAAUAAAAUUGCCACCAGCAGCUCUGCAAAGGAAGCAAAUGUCACGGAAUGGAAAUCAUCAAGAAGUUUACCUUUGAACACACAGCCAAAGAACAAAGUAUGUCUACAACACAGAUUGAACCAAACUUUGUUAGCCAUCUAA